GUAAAGGUAAGGUUAGGUUAGGUAGGUAGGUUUUGUAUUUUCUUUGUCUCCAUUUCCUUGCCAUCAUUCAUUCCAACAAACAUCAAUUCUUUUUACGCGUAUCCCAUAAAACUUAGUACCUUUUUCUUUACUUACAUUUAUUCGCGCGAGUCACCGAAGCCCAAGUCGUCUUGCGGCAUUUGCCUAGGUUUAUAACGAAUACUCCGAAUUCAUCGACGAUACCCCAAAGGCAAUGUGAUUGUUUCUCGAAGCGACUUUCGAUGCUGUUUGUCACAGACGAGACCAAGUCAGAUCCUUUCAACUUCCUGCCCUCGCGCAGCAUUAUUCUACCUUCUUUUAAUUAUUUAAUUUAUUCUAGAUCCAGAUAAUUUCCUUUCCUGGCAUUUUCUUAAGCAUCAUCCUUCCAUAUCUUCCCAACAAGACACAAUGGCGAAUUCUGAACAGACCUGGGGCAUCACCCCUCCGAUUUCAGUUGCCCUUCCUACUCCGACCGAGACACAGUCUACACAUCUUCUCUUAGAAGAAUUGCGGCGACAAAAUACGUUUGAAUCCGCAGCCGAAACCAAGAAGAGAGAGAAGAUCCUUAUCGACCUUCAACGUAUCGCCGACGAGUUUGUGAGACGAGUAGCAAAGGAGAAGGAACCACAGAAUGAAGUUCUCAUCCGCGAUGCUCGCGGCGAGGUCUUCACAUACGGAAGUUUCUGUCUAGGCGUCUACGGUCCCGGCUCUGAUAUUGAUACCCUCGUCACUGCUCCCCGAUACGUCACCCGUGAUGAUUAUUUUAAACACUUCCCUUCUUUACUACAAGAGAUGGCCCCCGAGGGUGCAGUGACAGAUCUUACUGCUGUAGAAGAUGCAUUUGUACCUAUCAUCAAGUUCGAAUAUUGGGGAAUCAGUAUUGAUCUGAUCUUCUCAAGAAUAGCCACGUUGAAGCAGUUCCCACCACAUGGCCAACUCAAUCUGAAUAACAAUGAAUACCUACGUGGCUUAGAUGAUCGUGAGCUCCGCUCCCUCAACGGAACCAGAGUCACGAGAGAAAUUUUGAACCUAGUCCCGGAGCAGAGCACCUUUCGCCUUGCCCUUCGAGCCAUCAAGUUAUGGGCAACACGUCGCGCCAUCUACGCCAACAUUAUCGGGUUUCCCGGUGGAGUAGUGUGGGCUAUGAUGGUGGCACGGGUUUGCCAACUCUAUCCGAAGGCAGCGAGUGCUACUAUUGUUUCGAAAUUCUUUCAAAUCAUGAAAGUCUGGCAGUGGCCUAUACCUGUGCAGCUGAAGCACAUGGAUGAGGGGCCGCUCAAUGUCCGUGUCUGGAAUCCCAAGAUAUACAAAAGCGACAGCUAUCACCUAAUGCCCGUAAUCACUCCUGCUUAUCCUCAGAUGUGUGCAACCUUCAACAUCACACAUUCUACCAUGGCCAUCAUACAGCGCGAGCUGGAACGGGGCGCUGAUCUCACUGAUAGGAUAAGAGCUGGAAAGCUCGCGUGGAAGGAUCUCUUUGUAAAGCACACGUUCUUCACUGCGGACCACAAGUAUUACUUGGCCGUCAUUGCGACUAGUACUACCAAGGAGGCGCACAAUAUAUGGUCUGGGUUCGUGGAGUCCAAAGUCCGUGUUUUAGUGGGGGAUCUGGAACGACAUGCUUCGGUUGCGAUUGCGCGCCCAUUCAAUAAAGGAUAUGAAAGGGUGCACAAGGUCAAGAACGACCAGGAAACUGAAGAGGUUCGAAAUGGAAACCUGACUUACCUUGUCCAAGAUGACGAUAGUGAAGAUGACACCAAGGUGAAGAACGAGAAUGGCGUUAAAGUCAAGACUGAGGACAAGACAGAACAGAAUCCCGCGAUCAAAGUUGAGAAUGGCGAAUCGAUGAGCUUGGAUAUCAAGUCCGACUCUGAGGACCAGAAAAUUGAUAUGGAGAGCAUACCCAAUGCAGCCCCCCACGAAACGAAGAUAUACACCACGACGCACUACGUAGGCCUCGAGCUUGCUGAAGGCGCAAAAUCAUUGGAUCUUUCUUUCCAAGUCAACACAUUUAAGGAUCUGUGCAGUCAAUGGGAGAAGUACGAGCCGAGCUUGAACUACCUCAGUAUCCAACACGUGAAGAAUACAAAUCUUCCCGACGACGUUUUCGAGCCCGGAGAAGUCAAACCAGCGCGUCCCCGCCCUGUUAGAAAGAUAGUUGCAAACGGCGAUGCCGGAGUCGGCCAAAAGAAGCGCAACGCCUCGUCCGAAGGGAACCCGCCACCCGCGAAACGACCACAGCCUGCCUUGCAGACACCUACCGCUGCUGUGGGCUGAGUAUUAGCCAAUUCUCCGACAACACCGGACUAUACCUUGACCAUGCUCAUUCCGAAUCUCCUAAGGUGCCGACUGAUCUGCUGCAGUUGUCACUAACUUGUGUUUGAUACUAACAUAAUAGUGCCCGAAGACGGCCACUUUGCAACAUUGUGUGAGUGCGGUUGCCACAAUACGAAUAUCGGCCUCCUUUCCAUAGACGAACCAGCCAAACAGUAACAGGGGCCACAGAAUACUAAUGCCCGCGGAAGACAAAUCAGUAGCCGCGACCUUGCUUCGCGAGGAGUGCUACAACGCUCAUUUUCUUUAUUUUCUUUCUACGACGAGUGUGCAAACUAUACGAACCCUAGUGGUUGGAGAAAACGACGAGGAAGCUCUCUAGGCUUGAUGUGAGGGGGAAAUAAUAAUACGGCUCGUCCCGUUUUCACCAUGAUAUCCCCUGUUUAAUUACGUCCCUUGGCUUUAUCUAGGAAGAGAGAAAGCUGAAUUCGCAUAACACUGAUCUGACAUAGGGCAUCGAGUCGGAAGGAGAUAAGACUUUGGCCUACAGUGUAUUUAGAGGCGUUCGCAGAUAAAUAAAACUUGGUUAUGAGGCACAAGUGCCUCGAAGCAAUCAUAUUAACCACUCAA